CAAAGCACCUGUCAUUUCGAAUUUACUCGGUUAUUUUCAUUGUAAUGUUGAAAAAAAAAUGAAAAUUUUACGACGCUUUACUUUAAAAUCAUUUUCAUAUAGUAAAUUAAAGUUGUUGAAGAAGUGUUUUGAAAAGAACCUCAUCGCUGCGUUUUCAUCAUACAAACCAUUAUUGCCCCGAACAAAGAAAGGCAUCACCAAUGAGGCUAAACAUUUUGUCGAUUAUAAAGAGGUGCAGGUAUAUGGGGGUGAUGGUGGAGAUGGUUGUAUGUCAUUUGCAAAAAUUCCCAGGAAAGAAUUUGCUGGGCCUGAUGGAGGAGAUGGGGGGAAUGGGGGACACGUUAUAUUCGUAGCCUCCAGUACAGAGAAAUCAUUGAAUCAUUUAUCUUCAGACAUCAGAGCUGACAAAGGAAUAGCUGGAAAAUCACAAAACUGCCAUGGUGCCUCUGUAGAUCACACAUACAUCAAAGUUCCCAUGGGAACAGUGAUCAGCUCAAUGAAUGGUCAGGAACUCGCUAACCUGGAGUGUGAUGGAGACUACUAUGUAGCAGGGAGGGGAGGAGUGGGGGGAAAGGGCAACCAAUUCUUCCUGUCCAAUGAAAACAGAGCCCCCACCAUAGCGGAGAAAGGAGGCAAGGGAGAGCAUCACCGCCUGAGAGUAGAACUGAGAACAAUGGCUAACAUUGGCCUGAUAGGAUUUCCAAAUGCUGGAAAAUCCACUCUUCUGAGGGCUGUUACUAGAGCUAAACCUAAAGUAGCAGCAUAUCCCUUCACAACACGAAACCCAUAUGUUGGGAUCAUGGAGUAUUCAGACCAUGAGCAAAUUACAGUUGCAGACAUCCCGGGCCUGAUCGUGGGAGCCCACAAGAACCUGGGCUUGGGCUUCUCCUUUCUACAACACAUACACCGCUGUGCCUGUCUCCUCUAUGUGAUUGACCUGUCCUACACCGAGCCCUGGACCCAGUUCAGGGCCCUACAGUACGAACUGGAACAGUACCAAGAGGGACUCUCCACGAGACCUAAUUUGAUCGUGGCCAACAAGGUGGAUCUAAGUGUGGCGGAGAAAAAUCUGGAGGUGUUAAAAGCCAAUGUGGACUUACCUGUUAUUGCUAUUUCUGCUGCCAAACAGACAGGGGUGGAGGAAUUAAUGAUGCAGAUCAGAAAACUUUAUGAGAAACAUAAAUCUGAAGAAAAGAACACUGUGAAUGAAGUAAGAGGGAAAGUGACAUAGUGUAUUUGAAUGACAAACUUCAUUACAACCAUUUAAAUGUUAUUAAAACAAGAGUAGGAAUAUUUUAACAGAAGAGGUGACUUUUGCAAAGUUUGCUCUGCACAAAUCUUAAGAAGCUCUAUACCUUAAGUAAAAAUGUUUUGGGGACUUUAAAAAUAAAUGUUUCACAUAAAAGUGUACAUAUUGCAUUUUAUAUCUAGUUUAUUUUUAACAUAGGGUACUACAAUAUCUUUCCCCGUUGAAGAAAAAUAUUAAGAUAAUGAUGUAUGUAUCAUUGAGCAGAAAUAAUGGUUGUUUCCUUACAUUGGUAAAAUGCAUGCAAAUAAUGUAUUCAUUUACUUUAUCCUAGGGCCAAAAUUAAAAAUAUGUUUGUUGGCCAUUUACCAACCCAGAUUUUUAGGAAUGGGUAGGUAGGUAGGAAGCAUAUUUUAUUUUUUUCUUCUUGACUUCAAAUCA